AUGGGUGAUAGAAGAAGGCGUAUCAGGGCAAUGCAGAUGGCACAAUACCAAACAAGCCUUGACAUUGAGGAUGCAGAAAUGAUCAACGCAGAAGCUGAACUUGCAAACUCGCUUAUGCAAUAUGAGCACCAUGCCGAAUCUAGCUAUCGUGGUUCUGUCACGGGGCGUUCAUUUGUGCAGCGUGAUAGAGAAGAGUGUCAUGACCGAAUGAUGAAAUAUUAUUUCAUUGAGCGUUCGAAAUUUCCUGCUCAUGAUUUUCGGAGGAAGAUAGAUGUUGUAGGCCGACAAAGUCUAUCACCUCAUCAGAAGCUCACAUUUGCAUUUCGGAUGCUAACUAAUGGGUGGCCUGUAGACUCGAUUGAUGAGUAUUGCCGACUUGCAAAGACUACUGAUAUUGAGAACCUGAAACGCUUCUAUGGGGCAAUUCAAGCCAUAUAUGGAGCCACAUACCUCCGCAAGCCAAAUCGUGAAGACUUAAAAAGGCUUAUGCGCAAGGCAGACAAAAGAGGCUUCCUUGGCAUGGUAAAUGGUAAUAGGUAUGAGCUAGGUUACUACUUAACUGAUUGUAUUUAUCCUAGUUGGUCUGCCUUUGUCAAAGGUUUUUCUCAUCCCGAUAGUGCAAAGAAGAAAUUAUUUUCGCAAAGGCAAGAGUCUUACAGGAAGGAUGUGGAGAAAGCGUUCGGGAUUUUACAAGCUUGA